UCGAGUUGUUCAGAUUAUUAAAGAGUGCGCUUUGCAACAUUGCGUAGGAAAGUACGAAUCGGUUAUGUUAAUUAGAAUUAGUGGGAAACGAUUAGUUUUACCUAGUAUAUUCCUGUUUUCGUUGUUAACAUUGUAAUAAUAGUUCUGCGAGUGUUACUGAUAAUGAUGUUUGAAUAAUUUUCCCGCUGAAAAGGUAUAUAUGCUGGAAUAAAAACAGCAGAAUUGUACGGAAAUUGUGUGCUCUUACCUGCUUGCAAAAAUAUAAGGAUCUAUACAAAAGACGAGAAAAUUCUGGGGAUUCCGCAGAUACUGCGAUCCAAGCCGUGAUCGGAUGACAGAAACAACAAGCGUAUUAGAAAAUGUGACGAUAAUAGCGCGAAGAAGCUAUGGGGUCGAGGAGGAAAUGCUAAUGCCCGCCGGUGGUUACGUGGCCGCGGCAGUGGUGUUGUUUUUCAUUGGUUUCUUCGGUUUCUUUUUGAAUUUGAGCGUCAUUGUACUCAUGCUGAAAGACACUCAGUUAUGGACACCACUAAAUAUAAUUUUAUUCAAUUUAAUAUGCAGCGAUUUCUCGGUGUCCAUAUUGGGCAAUCCUUGGACUCUGAUAUCAGCGGUGUCGUAUAAGUGGAUUUUCGGAGCGGUUAUGUGCCAAAUUUACGCGUUUUUCAUGUCUUUAUUAGGUAUUACGUCAAUAACAACACUAACAGUUUUAGCGUUCGAAAGAUACCUCAUAGUAUCGAGGCCUUUUAGAAACCACAGCCUUAGCAGGAAGGAUGCAGUGUAUUUGGUGAUUGGAAUAUGGAUUUACUCUCUUUUACUAACGAUACCUCCGCUAAUUGGCUGGGGUAAAUUCGUCCCGGAAGCUGCUAAUAUCAGGCACGUGAACAUCUUCAUAUUCUUCGCUCUUUCGAACCCCGAAUUACUUAUUUAUUGUUUCAGUUGCUCGGUGAACUGGGAAGAGCACUCGUACAAUGCAAUGACUUAUAUCAUGUAUAUUUUCGCCUUCGGUCUAGUUUUACCGCUUGGAGUGAUAAGUUUCAGUUACUUCCAUAUUAUUCACCAAAUGAAAAAGAAUAAUAUGACCGUGGGUCAGACAUCGAAGGCGGAGAGAAGAGUCACGCUGAUGGUGCUGUUAAUGAUAGUGUCUUAUCUGUUCGCUUGGUCACCGUACGCGGUAUGCGCGUUAAUCGAGCAAUUCGGGGAGCCUUCUACUAUAUCACCGGCAGUUGGAGUUUUGCCAGCGCUCUUAGCCAAAAGCAGCAUAUGCUACAACCCUAUCAUCUACGUAGGAUUAAACAGUCAGUUUCGGCAGGUUCUGAAGCAGUAUUGGCAGUUCAAAGACAGGACGCAGGAGAGCAAUUGCGAGACCUACGCUAUGGGGGUUUCGAAUUAUGUGUCGACUACCUACGUUGAUACAGCGAAAUUCGGCAAAUUGACUCCGACGAAAGCAGCCAAAGCGCAGAUGUUCGUGUUCAGAAAAGACAAGUGCAAGGUCGCUUUGGCGGAAAAUAAGGGGAGAAAUAUGAGUUGCAACAGUCAAGUUUGAAGUUCAUGGCGAGCGGCGGGUUUUGAUUGAAAAAUUGGAUCCGUUAUUUGGUGAAUUUAUUUUGAAAAUAAAAGCGUAAUGGAAAAUUCGCAUGAAAAUUUAGAUUAAAUAAUGCAAUGAAAAUGUGCACUUUAAAAAGCUUUUAGUGAACAAGACCGAUGAAUACAAUUUUUCUAAGCUCUACAAAAAGCUUCCAAUGAUCAAUUUAUACUAUACAUAAACGUAAUCAGGGUUUCUCAAAAAGUGAUUUGAAAUUAUAGACUGAACCUAUAUUUUUAAAUCAAGAAACCAGUCGGUUUCUAGACUAGUAUUAGUUUUUAAAAUAAUCAAUUUAAUAUUGUAAUAAAUAAGUAGAAGCUCUUACCGAAUUUUUUGUAGCGGAAUCAAUAGAAAACUGAGUUAAUUCAAAUACAUUUUACAAAUCAAUUAGAUAUAGAAUUUUUUUGUCAAUUUGGAAUUAAAUUCUACAUUACCUACAAUUUACAUUAUUACAUGAAGUUGUAUUAAAACAAAUGGAUUUUAAUGAAUUAAUGUUACCCCAUAAUUUUUCCACCUAUUGUGAGAAAAAAACAAUUUAGAUUUCAUGGUUUGAUCAUUUUUCAAUUAAUGUAAGUAUUAAUGUACUAGAAAAAACGUGUCUCAGAUGAAUAUCGAGGAACAACCACAUCUCGCGAUUUAACAAGGAAAUCGAAGCGAAAACAGAUUGCAUUAAAGAUACCAACGGUUCAUUAAAAACUAACGUUGUUCUUAUAAAACGCGCUUUUGACGUCAGUAAACUCGAUACCGAAUCGACGAUUCCACUCAAAUACUCAAAAAAAUACCCACGGCCGCAUAAUUUCCAGCAAAUAAUAACGAUUCUUUUCUUUUCUACGGAAGGGAGAAACGCAAACGUAAUCUCCGGCAUGCCCGAUCUGAUCGAUAUCGCGCUUAAACAUGCUCAAGUAGGAAGGGAAUCCAUUCUUCUGCGAUAUUCCUCGGAUAACUACAUUAAAUUUCUGAGCACUUAUGUUUGUCGAACGGAAUUGCGGCGGACGAGGCUAAAUUUAAACGCAAAACGUAGGUACGAAUCCCGAUUGAAUUACCGGGUCCCUUAACGACCCGACACCUAAAUAAAAUAAACCAUGUAACUCUAUAAAUUCCUUUCAGAAAAUUUCGACGAGCGUUAAAUUGGAACCUAGUUUGUAAUAGAUUGCAAACUGUCUCAUCAAUUUCAAAUGUAAUGUUGGAAUAUUCGAAUGUGCGAUUUAUUCGAUUUGAUAUACUUUAUUUGAUAUCACUUUAUGUAUUCUGGCCGUUUACUUACAUAAGGUGCAAAACAAAUAUCAACAAAUAUUUGAUUUUCUGCUCCAACAAUAUAGAGUAACGAUAUCAAAGGGGUUUGUUUUGUUAUUACCUACAUAUUUUCAUUCUUAGUUCUCUCAAUUUUAAUGCCAACUGUGGUGCAUAGCGACACUCGAUAUUAAAAUUUAUUAAUUUUUGUUUACAUUUUUGUGAUUAUUUAUUUACCCGUAACUUCUAUUAUUUCGGAGCGAACAAAAUUGAUGGAUGUUUGGCUAAUUGAUUCGUACCUACUAUUGUUAUUUUUUACAAUCGGAGCAAUUAUUAGCAUAUAUCAAAUACAUAAACAAUCGAAUUAAAAAUACAAGCGAAUUUAAAAAGCAUCGUAAUAAAAAUUAUGAAAAUAUUUGAUACGGUUUAAUAAAUCGAUACGAUCUGAAUGUAUACAAUAUUUUUACGGAGG